UCACUGAUGCUGACGUGAAGCAAUGCUGGACGAAGAAUGUAUAAGUCUGGCAGAUAAGCAAAUUCUGGAAAGAGGAAGCUCAGCAUCAUUGCAGCUUCUAGUCAGAGUCCAAUGAGCUUAUUCAAUAGGCUUUUGGAAAGCGUAGGUUCCAUACAGCCAAGACUUCUCGUGGAUUUCUAAACAAAGACUCGGUCAAAACAGAUGGAUUUCGAGUGUCCAAUAUGCAGUGAUGAUUCGCAUGUUUUCAAUUCCAAUGAAACUCAGCUCUGCAUGGUAGCCGAUUGUGGCCACGUUUUCCACCGGAAGUGCGUCGCCCAGUGGCAAGAGAGGGGGCACACUACAUGUCCAAGUUGCAGACAACAUUGCAAUCGGGUUUACGAUUUAUACGGAGCAGUCAGUUUGCCAGUGAAGAAAAAGGUCCAGAACGACCGUCCUUGUAAGAAGUGUAGUUUGCUGCACUCAGCAUUGGGGAAUUUAAGACGAUGCUAUGUCAAGUUGCAAAGUACGCUGGACACUGCUCGUGCCGUUUUAAAGGAGAAGGAAAAAAGUUGUAGCCUCAAAGAUUGGAAAAUAGUUCAUCUCAAGUCUGUCAUUCAAACGUACCAACUUCGCCUCAACGUCACUACCCGGAUAAGGAAAAAUUCAUAAAUUAUGAUGCCAUGCAUGAUUAGAUUAAAUACCUCAAGUCAAACUAAUUCUUUUCACGGUUCAAUUUUGAACUUUAAGCCUAAAUAAACAUCAGCCCCUGCCAUUUAAAAACUCAA